AUGGAGCAAGACCAGACUCCCAGCCAGAAGCCAGGCCAUCCGCCCGCUCAAGCGAUCCUCCACGAGUUGCGGACUACCGAAAACAGCGCUGCCCAUUUGCUGCCCAAGCUGCAGUCUAUGAAAGAAUCCAACCCCCAUUUGACGCUCUUAGACGGCGGUGCAGGCUCCGGCACCAUCUCUGUGCUGAUCCACAUUGGCACCCCGUGGGAUGCGCUACGUGAAAUGCUCCGAGUAACAGAGCGAGGCGGCAUCGUCGCGGCCCGCGAAGGCGACUACGAGACGGAGUGCGUCUGGCCCGAACUUCCCAAGCUGCGUUACUUCCAUAAGCUCAUGGCAGGCCUUAUGAGUGCCGGCGGUGGCACUCCAACUACAGGCCGAGAGCUGCUUUCUUGGGCACUCAAGGCUGGCGUCGAGCGGAGCCAGAUACGCUCAGCGAUAGUACAUCGUCGUACCAUACAACGAGCGAGAGGAAAGUCUGCUGUAGGCAUCAUUAUCCCACUCUGCUUCUUGUGGCUGCAAAUAUGGCUCUAA